UCUCUAAAUCACACGGUCUAACAAUACUCUUAAUAUCACUUUUUGUAACACAAAACUCUAAUGAUCAUGACCAUGUUUCUUCAAUCUCUCUCCCUGAGAAAGGCUAGUGUCUUUCUUUUCUUUUCCUUCCUUGCAUUUCCUCUCCACGUCUCGGCUCGACCGGCAACUUUUCUUCAAGACUUUAGAGUCACAUGGUCCGAUUCCCAUAUCAGGCAAAUCGAUGGAGGGAGGGCUAUCCAACUCGUUCUAGACCAAUAUUCAGGAUGUGGGUUUGCAUCCAAGGCCAAGUACUUGUUCGGCCGUGUUAGCAUGAGGAUCAAGCUCAUCCCUGGAGACUCUGCUGGGACUGUCACUGCCUUUUAUAUGAAUUCGGACACCGAUGCCGUUCGAGAUGAGCUUGAUUUUGAAUUUCUGGGGAAUAGGACAGGGCAGCCUUACACGGUUCAAACAAAUAUCUUUGCUCAUGGAAAGGGUGAUAGAGAACAGAGAGUUAACCUGUGGUUUGAUCCUGCUGCAGACUUCCACCUCUACACAAUUUUCUGGAACCAUCAACAUAUUGUGUUCUUCGUAGAUGAUGUGCCUAUCAGGGUUUACAAGAACAAUGAGGCGAAAGGAAUUCCAUUUCCAAAGCUCCAGCCUAUGGGGGUAUAUUCAACACUGUGGGAGGCCGACGAUUGGGCAACAAGAGGUGGCCUAGAAAAGAUUAAUUGGAGCAAAGCCCCUUUCUAUGCAUACUACAAGGACUUCGACAUCGAGGGAUGUCCGGUUCCAGGACCAGCAACCUGUGCUUCAAAUCGUGGAAACUGGUGGGAAGGUGCUACUUACCAAGCCCUCAACGCCAUGGAAGCUAGGAAAUAUAGAUGGGUCCGUAUGAACCACAUGAUUUAUGAUUACUGUGCCGACAAAUCCCGUUAUCCGACUACACCACCAGAGUGCGUUGCCGGUAUCUAGUUUGCGACAAUCAACCAAUCCAUCAAGCAAACCAGUACAUAGACAUUGAUAUCGUAUACUUGAAUGUCUUUCCUACGCCAUUUACGUACAAGUCGUUGUCCCGGUACUCUCCUAUAUUGUGCGACAAGAGCCAUGCAUGUAAAAAGGGUAAUAAAUCAUUCCUGUGUGCCUAUGUGGACCACCAGUUCUAAGUUUAUUCUUGGAGAGGGGCAAAAAAACAAAUAAAAAAAAGUCGAUAUCUACCUUGUAAUCAAGCGUGUCUGUAUAUGAUGCACAAUAUUUUGUGCCUAUAAAAAAAGCUUGUCUAUUAUUGUGCGCAA